CACAAACUGAAACAGACACCAAAUGCACAGAUAAGUCAGUACUUGCACGCAAUGAGCUUGAAGAGAGAUUUCAUUUCAAGGGUACAGAAGGAGCUAAAACAAGUGCAGUCCUUGAGGCCUCAUGGAAUUGAGGUAACACUUCCAUCCGACAGUCUCCAGUUAUGGGAGGCUGUAGUACCAGGUCCUGAAGAUUCACUCUACAAAGGAGGGCGGUUCAAAGUUCAAGUUUAUGUACCUGAAAACUACCCUCUUGAACCACCAACGGUACGUUUCCUGCCUCCCAUUUAUCACAUCAAUGUGAGUCCAUCAACUGGUCACGUGUGCCUGGGAUUCCUGACUGGUGAGAACUGGUUACCAACCCGUUGUAUUAGUGAUGUAUUGAGUGGUGUGUUUGCUCUACUUAUCAAACCUGAGCCAGAGAAUGCUGCUGACCAGACUCUGCUGAAUAUGUUCCAUAACAACAAACUGCUUUAUGAAGCCAAGGCCAGAUCGAGCGCCCAGAAUCGCCAAGAUGAUCUAACUGCAUACAUUUAAAAGAUAAACGCCAGUCAGACCUAUUACUUGAAUAUUGUAGAAAAAUGUUUUUUCGUCUAGUCUGGAGGAAAAAAAUCUUUCUACAUUUCUUUACCGAGCUCAAAAAUUACCAUCUUUCUUAUUCUUUACUUGAAUAUUGUUUGUCAAGUUAUAACUCUUUUUUGCUGCUAAUAGUAUUACUAACCCAAUCAUGUAUAGCAAUUUUGCAACUUUGACUGAGGUCUGAAACUAAUUGACCUUAUAAAUAAAAGUAGAAAUCCUCUUUUCCCUGUCAAAUGUUAUACUAAGUGAGCGUUUUGCGAUUCAAAACUUGUUUCCAUUUUCGUAUUGCAAGUGCAAAAGUACCUGGAAAGUGGCACGGUAUUUCACUCUGAUCAGGAAAUUUAGUAUCUAUUUCCCUUCCUGGACGCUGGGUGUCUCCUUUGCAGCUGUUUUUAUUUGGCCCUAAACUGCUUGAAUUGUAAGUUUGAAGCUUUCCAAGGAUUUAUCCAAGGAAAAAGCAACAUCUUCACCAAUAUUUGUAACCACGUGAUGAUAGAAUUCCACAUGCAGUUAUACAAUCCUCUGCGCUUGCAAUGUAUCACAUUAGUAACAUCAGUGAAACAAUUACUGUUACAUGGAGAAUUCUUUGAAUUAAUACAUUACUUUCAAAGUUAUUCCGGGAAGAAACAGUGGACAACUCCACUCGAUACUAAGAAGCGGGAAGCGACCAUUUUUGUAUUUUUCUUUUGUCAAAUAGUAAAUUAAGUUGUAAAGUAGGUUGUAA